ACAGAGCUGUUAAACUGCUGGGAAGAAACAUUCCCUCAAUUCUGAGGAUGACUAAAGGAGCAGAUCCAAAGAUAAGCAGAAGGCUUUGCAUUAAACCCCAGGAAGAAAGUCAGCUUCAGCCAAGAAGUCAGUCUCCUUUAAGGGUGCCUGGACACAAGCCUACUGACUGGGAGAAAAGAUUUUUGUUGUGGGCAGGCAAUUACAAAAAACCGGAGGAUAUACCAGAGACUGUCUCGAUUGAAACAAUCAGAGCAGCAAAGACCACACUGCGUGUGAAGUUCAGCUAUGUAAUGAUUGCCUUGACAAUUUUGGGAUGCAUAGCCAUGGUGAUUCAAGGGAAGCAGGCUGUAAAAAGGCAUGAAUCUCUUACAAGCAUAAACUUAGAGAAGAAAGCUCAAUGGAGAGAGGAAGCUGCUCAGAGUACUUCUGCUAAACCUUAG